AUGGGAGUUCAUUUAGAUGACGAACUAGCAAAUGCACGUCAAGGCGUGUACACAUUCCAUGCACAAGGUUCAAUUUACCAUCGCAUUGGAGGUUUCUUACCUUUGAACACAGAAGAUCAUCCUCGAUUUAUUAAACUCUACAUUUAUGAUACUAAGCAUGAAAAUGAAAAUCGUGCAGCCGAGAAUUCAUCAUUACGCCUCGAUGUCAUCGACAAAAUCAAGAAUAUUUUGAAUGCUCACAAUCCUUUUGUCCACAAUCUUCGUCAUCUUGCUCAGCGUAGUGACUUAAGUGAUUGCAAAUUUGUCAUCAAAGAGCAACCUAUAAAUAAACAUCAAUACUCGAUGCCGACAGCUUCGCAAGUAGCAGCAGUUGUCGUUGGAGGUGAUGACAUUUCCAACUUGAAAGAUAGGGACAUCAUGGUAGAGUCAGUAACUGGGCAACUAAGUUAUAUCAAAGCCACUGCCGGUUAUUAUGAUCCACUUCAAUAUCCUCUACUGUUCCCUUAUGGUUCUUACGGCUGGGAUUUAAACAGUUGA